UCGGUAACUUUUCCCACAAUGCAAUGCGCAUCUGUCAUGGCUGCUCACUGAUGCCACUUGAACCACAUGGGUGAAAAUAAACGUUUUUUAUGAGACUGAGACACUGCGGCUCGGCUUCCGAUUACAGCGGUCAGGGUCCGGGUUUUCGACGGGACAGUCGGAGUGAAGGCAGCGGCUCCUUCUCCUCUCAGCCCCAGUCCGGAUCAGAGAUGCUGCUGGACCUGGAGAUCCCCGUCCUCAGAGGCUUUCUAACACCCAGCGAGGCAGCGGGAUGGAAGCAGAAGAUCUCCGCUACUGCAGAGGCCGCCGCUCUGCUGGAGUCUCUGAUGGAGGGGGACUUUGAGGCGGUUCUGCUGAGCCACCAUGUGUUAGAUCUGCUCACUGGAGACGGCAGCUGCGGAGAGGGGGAGGACAUCGAGGCCUACCUGGAGAGACGGGUCCUGUUGUACCUGACCUAUGGAACCAACAACGACCAGAACAGCAGGGAGCUGGUAGUGAUGGCUCUGGCUGCUGCCUGCCUCCACUUGUUUGCACAGAGUAACUGGACUGGUCCUUCCAUCUCCAUCCAGGUCUCUGACCUGCUGCCUUCAGCCCUGCUCUCCCCCCAGACUCAGACUUUGGUUGAUGCCAUCCACUCUUCCCUGCUCCUGGAUGGGGAGUCUGUGUACAGCCUGGUGGCCAACCCGCUCCUCCUCCUGCUGGCCAGAGUGAUUCUCACCAAGUGCUCCUCUAAGAUGAAGAGCCUUCAGCUGCUGCCCUGGUGGACUCUGCAUUACAUCAACCUGCACCAGCAAAUCCUGGAGGCCUGCUCCCCACAGCUCCUGGAGUUGGCCAAAAGCUGCAUGGACAAAGUGCUCACAUGCCAGUCCGUGUUGGCGGAGCACAAAAACCUAGCCAUCCAGUUCCACCUGGAGUGCGUCUACACCAACCUGACUUACUAUGAGUACAAACCCGCCAAGGAGCACAUCAAGGAGGCGCAGGAGCUGUCUGGGCUCAGCAUUAACAUGACUGGUGCUCUUGGCAAACGGACCCAAUUCCAGCAGAAUUACUUGGCUCAGCUCGUCCUGGAGGUCAAGAGAAGUCAGGACCAGCCCCGCCAGACGGAUGAUGAGGCCAGUCCUACUCCCACUCCUCUGUCCAAUCUGCCCAAGGACUGCAGUCUGGGGGAUGACACCGUGCUGGAUAAAAUCAAUUUAGCAGAGCCAGAUCAGUAUGAACUACCUGACCUGAGCGGCGAGGAGCAGGCUGUCAUCCUUGGUCUCUGCACUGACUUCAGGAAGAAUAACCCGGUACAUAAACUGACUGAAGAGGAACUCCUGGCCUUCACAUCUUGUAUUCUGUCUCAGCCAAAGUUCUGGGCUGUGGAAGUCUCAGCUCUCUGCCUCAGGACCAAACUGGAGAAGGGGAGGAGUCGAUACGUGGAGAGGGCAAUGAUGCAAACUCAGGCGAUUGCGGACCACUUUGAAGAUCAGACCUGUCCGGUGACUGAGCGGCUCAAGCUCUUCUACUGCUGCCAGGCCCCGCCCAGAUGGGCUGUCCAGAAACAGCUCGCCUCCCUGCUGACAGACCUCGGCUGCAUCAGCUCAGCUCUGCUCAUGUAUGAAAAGCUGGAGCUCUGGGAGGAUGUUGUGAUCUGCUAUGAGAGGCUGGGCCAACAUGGCAAGCCUCACUCCCUCUUCCUCUUGUUCACGCUCCCUCCACAGGAGCAAAAUGACUGA